UUUAAAAGUUCGUUUCUUUGGUUUCCUUCUCUGUCUCUGAUUUUCUCUCUCCAAUCAGCCGGGAAAAUCAGCAAAAAGAUGGCGUCUUGGAAUUCAAUUCCACUGGAAAUCACAUACGAAGUGUUGGGUUGGCUUGCGUUUUUCUCAUGGUCCAUUAGUUUCUAUCCUCAAGUCAUCUUAAAUUUCCGAAGAAAAAGCGUUGUGGGGUUGAACUUUGAUUUCGUGAUACUGAAUUUGACAAAGCACUCCUCCUAUAUGAUUUACAACGUUUGUCUCUACUUUAGCCCAGUUAUUCAGAAGCAAUACUUCGAGAAAUAUGGCUCUGGAGAGAUGAUCCCGGUAGCUGCUAAUGAUGUAGCCUUUUCGAUACAUGCUGUUUUAUUGACAGCUAUUACUUUGGUCCAAAUCCUGAUAUAUGAUUGUGGAACUCAAAAGGUUUCUAAGAUUUCUAUAGGAAUUGUUUCUGCUGUAUGGUUAACUGCUGCCAUUUGUGUUUUCAUAGCAUUGCCUAGCCAAUCAUGGCUUUGGUUGAUCUCCAUCUUUAACUCAAUACAAGUUUUCAUGACGGUGAUCAAAUAUAUCCCCCAGGCAGUAAUGAACUUUGCUCGAAAGAGUACGGAUGGGUUCAGCAUUGGAAACAUUUUGCUUGAUUUUGUUGGAGGAUUGGCAAAUUAUGCACAGAUGGCCGUACAGUCUAUAGAUCAAAAUUCUUGGGUGAACUUCUAUGGAAAUAUAGGCAAAACAUUGCUAUCUUUGGUAUCUGUAUUCUUUGACAUUAUUUUCAUGUGUCAACAUUUUGUGUUAUAUCCUGGUAAGAAAGCAAUGAUUGCUUCUAAACUUGAACGAGAGGGCAUGGAGCCACUUCUCAAGUCUUCUGAUCAACCAGGGUCAGAAAAUGUGUAAGACUUAGCAACACAUACAGUAUUAGUCAAUGAAUCUAUUUGCAUGAAAAACAAUUACAGUAUUGUACGUAAAAGUCAUUCUAUCUUUUUCCUUUAUGCAUUGUAUAUAGAAAAACCGAUAUGUCUGAAUCAUUGUGUAACAAACAAAUAGUGUGAUUUUUAGAAAAUUGUCAUUUGAAACGAGUUUGCGUUGUAAUUUUGGUAUGA